UUAAAACUCAUGUCGCUUGAGUACGUCAUUAUUCUCGUUGUUUCACCGUGUCAUUCAUAUUACUUUCGUCAUUCAAAAACGCUAUCAAGAUAGCUGCAUUCAGAAAAUACAUUUAAAAACUAUUUAGAAGAAAAAAUUAUCUAUCGGCUGCGUUGUAUUUACUGAACGUAGUCAAUAACAUAGGGUUUUCCCUUAUUAUUAUUCCUUUGUCCAGAAAGGGUGCGCACCGAUUGACUAUAGUACAAUUGGACACAAUACAUAAAAGUGUGUAGUUAUGUAUAUGUGUUUUGUGUCACAAAUAAAGCAACCUGCAUACUGACUGCAAGCAGCUUAAUGUUUUGAAGUGGUGCGAUAAGUUUAUAUAAGUUUAUAGAAGUUACAUUAUAUCAACAUGGAACAAAGAGAUCGUGAAAAGAUAGACAUGUGCUGUAACGAGGUUGUGCCGAAAAUAAAGAUGUAUCGACUGUUUCCAAAGCUUCUAGAACACAAGGUUUACAAUCAAGAUGACGUAAACAUUCCAAAAUGGACUCAAUCUCUUACUGAUCCAAGUACAUCCAAGGAUAUAUUUUUAAAAAUAAAAACACGUGGACCAAAAGCAUUUCAACGUUUAUUAUUAUGUUUGAAACAAAUAGGUCAAGAAGAUAUAGCUGAUACAUUGGAAGGAAAAGUCAAGCAAAAAUGCAAUGAUAAUAUAAGCAAAGAAAAUAUAAGCAACAAAAAUGUUUUACUCUUGAAAGAAGACAUUUCUUUUCUCCGUGAAUGUUCUUUUUAUCGUGAUAUUCAAAAAUCUAAUGAACCCUUAAAAAUUGACUUACACAAAGCUACAGAGUUUUUGGAUGAUGGGGGCAAUGAUAUAAUUUCACGAUAUCCCAUGAGAAGUAAUCCUCGAGGAUUAGUGUUGUUAAUUACUAAUAUAGAUUAUAAUUUAUCAAAAGAAAAACCUAGACUUUCAGCACAACAUGAUGAAACCAAUUUAAAAGAAUUAUUUGAACAAAUGGGUUUUAAAGUUAUUGCAAAACGGGAUUUGACAGGAAAAGAUAUAAAAGAGGCAGUGAAAGAAUUUUCAAGAAGCAGUGACCUAGUGAAGGUUGAUUCAUGUUUUGUGAUCAUUAGUAGUCAUGGAACGGAAGAUGAGAAACAUCAUACAGAGAUACAAGGAGUAGAUUCUGGACGAGGGGAUUAUGAAAAAGUUUUGUGCACUGAAAUUUUAGAUUAUUUCAGUGUGGAUGCAUGUCCGCAACUUUCAGGAAAACCAAAAAUAUUUGUCUUCCAACUUUGUAGAGGACCGAGAAAACAGAAUGCUGUUAGUAAUGAAAGAUUGGUUACGGAUACAUGUGCUGUCUUUCCUAAAGACGUAGAUGAGGAGCUCAAAUCUGAUAAUACAAUUUUGAUUGAUAAAGACUCUAUGAGAAAUUACGCAGAUAUGCUUGUAGUUUACUCUACACUACCUGGACACGUUGCUUAUAGAGACUCAAAGACUGGCAGCUGGUUUAUACAGAUUCUUUGCUACGUAUUCAUGAUUCUUGCCUGUAAAAUUCAUGUUCGAGAUUUAUUCAGUAUUAUUGAUUCGGAACUGCAACAUUUGAGAACAGGGGACAAUAAUUGUCAGACGUCAUCUGUGAAAUCGAUCGGAUUUAACAGAUACUGUUAUCUCAAUCCCGGUUAUUUUCCAGAUCAAAUGUGAUGAGCAUAAAAUGUGAUCAUGUUAAAAGUAGGUGAAUGACAUUAGAAGUCAAAACAAUUUGUAUAAAAAACAUAUAUAUAUAUAAAA